ACCACACGGCCACCCAUCCAUCCUGCAGGAGCCACGUACGGUCCCGACGCCCGCCCGUGCCACACUGCGCCCGCCCUCCACGACUGUACACUCGCGCGCGCAGAUAAAAAACUUCCUAUUUUGAAAAUAACUCUUCGGAUUAAGGGUCCACUUGGUGAUCGAUCGCGGUAAAUAAUUGAGGAGACUGUCUUGUUUGCUGGCGUCGUGGAGGCGAUGCGUUCGAAGGCGGUGGCGAGGCGGCUCCAGGCGCAAGGUUCUGAAGAAGUGGGAAUAGCUACACCUAAUAAUGAUGAGAGUGCAGCAGCAGACAGCCAGGAAUCUGGGAGCCCACCGCCGAGCCCGACGGAUUCCGUCGGGUCGGAAUCCGCUCCUACUCUAGUCCACAUCAAGCAGGAAAAUAUGCCGCCGGGAGCAGAUGUGAAAGAAUACUACGGCGGUCUAGACUUCACACUUUCUGACACAUAUCUGUCACCAAAUUACGCUGAAUACGGCGCUGGCUAUUUAUCCAGACCAAUCGAUUUACAAAACCAGAAAUUUCUGGAUCCAGAUAAAAGUUCCAAAGACAAAGACGAAGCGAUAAAAGACGACGAGCCAGAGGAGACCUCUAAUUUCAAUAUUCCAAAUGAACUAACAUUGAAAAAUGGUGGCAUCUUCGCUAGAUCGAAUAUUUUAGUUGGAACUAAGUACGGACCAUUUAUGGGCAAGUGGGGGACGCAGCCGUUGGAGUCAAAGUACGCUUGGGAGUUCCUCGGCAAGAACGGUAUUAGAGGAUGGUUGGACGGCACCACAGAGAAGUCCAACUGGUUGAAGUACAUCCGCUCCACCAGUUACACGCACGAUGCCAAUGUACAGCACACACUGCACGCUGGUGAAGUAUGGUAUAAAGUAAUACGUGAUAUUACUCCUGGUCAGGAGUUGCUGCUGGGUCCGAGGACACCGUUACCGCUGCAAGAUAUCCUUCCCACUACUGAUCACCAGAGCUCUAGUGUCAAGUAUACGCAGCCACUUCCUGAAGAGGAGGAACGUGAAGAUACGGAGCCGAGGUGCUCCUUCUGUGACUCUCCAUUCCCUAACAUAGACACACUCGACCGUCACUUAGUGCAGGCACAUGCCCAGCCGUCAGCAGCAUUUCACUGCGAACUGUGCAACCGCGCCUACAGCUCCCGUGCGCUACUGUUACGGCAUAGAGCGCUUGCGCACACUGAUAUCCGAAAAUAUCCUUGCGAGAAUUGUCCUAAGGUAUUUACCGAUCCUUCCAACCUCCAGCGCCACAUCCGCGCGCAGCACGUGGGCGCACGCAGCCACGCGUGUCCAGAGUGCGGCAAGACAUUCGCCACCUCAUCCGGUCUCAAGCAGCACACGCACAUACACUCCAGCGUCAAGCCCUUCCAGUGCAAGGUCUGCUUCAAGGCUUAUACUCAGUUUUCGAACUUGUGUCGUCAUAAACGUAUGCAUGUAGCAUGCAGAGCUCUAGUAGAAUGUGGAAAAUGUGGUCAAUCAUUCACUUCGUACGCAUCUUUAACUAAGCAUAAGAGAUUCUGCGAUACCGCUGCUGCAGCCACCGUUAAUCUUCGAGGUCAGAUUCCACAAGGUUUACCACAAAUACCAUCUCUACCAACUCUCGGAAUGAAUACCACAAAUAAUCCAAAUCCAUUGAGUUAUCCUCUCUAUCGAGGAUUAACUUUACCUCUUCCUUACAAUAAGUUACCGCACUACAGCGCUGGCCUGCUAUCAGCUGCUGCAGCUGCUUAUCAACCAGACUUUCUAAAUCCAUUACUUUUCAAUGUUCAAGGUGUAAGAUUGGCUAUGGAACAUGAUAUGGCUUUAUCCAACGCUAACAUGAUAUCUAAACAACAAGAAGGCCGAAUGUCUGUUAAAAGCAUUGAUAGUUCUACAUCUUUAGAUGAUUCCAAAAAAAGUAAAGACUUGGAAUUCGACAACAAUAGGAGAAGUAAUGAAAAUGCAGAGAUAAUGACACCGAGUAAGACGCUUAGUUUAUAUUCAAAGCAAUCUUCACCUUCAAUCGAGGAUGUACCCCAGCAACGACCAUCACCUAUUAUGCCAAUAUCAACACCGAUAGUUCCUUUUAAUUUCUCAAGAGAUGAUCUUAAACGUAAAUCACCGUUCAAUUAUUCGUUAAAGAUGAAUAAUAAUGAGAUAAAAAGGCAUAAGUCAGUGUCUCCAUCACCUAAAGAUUUAUCAAAAAGUAUUACGAGUGAUGAUAAAAAUUCUGAGUAUUCUGAGACAGAGGAAGAUACGAAGAAAGAUCAAGGAGAUCAACCUCUUGAUUUGUCGGUGUCUCGGAAGCAAGCCGAUAAAGAGUUUGAAGUGGAUAAUGAUGAUCGUUCCUUUCGAAAUUCAUCGGUAAAGUCAUACUCGCCACCUGAAAGUCCUGUUGAAAGAAACAAGACUCCAGAAAACGAUACUACUGAUGUCGAUGUAGAGGGAGUGGAACCGAAACGUGAGGACUCACCCGCACUGGUUUCACAGUCCCUGGCUUUCCCACUGCCUGUUUACCCGAACCAUUAUCCUUCGAGGUUCUACUUUAAUUCUCCCGACUCUCUACUAAACGCAUCGCAUUCUCCCUACGUACCAAGCCCAUUCAAUUUUUUAUCCCCACUUCUCGGCACUGACGGGCCUCAGCGGCCGCCGCGCCCUCCUAGUGCUUAUUCUGGUGGCAAGUUGCGGGAUAGAUAUGCUUGUAAGUUUUGUGGAAAAGUAUUCCCGCGCAGCGCGAACCUCACUCGCCAUCUACGCACUCAUACAGGAGAGCAACCGUACAAGUGUAAAUACUGUGAGCGUUCAUUUUCGAUUUCCUCUAACUUGCAACGACAUGUCCGCAAUAUUCAUAACAAAGAAAGGCCUUUUAAGUGUCCGUUAUGCGAUAGGUGUUUCGGACAGCAGACUAAUCUCGACAGACAUUUGAAGAAACAUGAAGCAGAAGGUGGCGAUUCCCCCAGUUCAGCCGAUACAGAGCGUGAGGACGCAUACUUCGAUGACAUCAGGUCAUUUAUGGGUAAGGUUACGUGCGAGCCUGGCAGCACUCCACCCGCCACCUCCCCGCAUCCUCCACACCCUCACUCCUCCCAUGCUCAACAUCCCUCCGCGCUGCCACAUCUCGCUGCUAUUACCACAUAGCCGCCGCCUUACCCGCUGCCGCCUUUACCGCCUCCGCCGCCGCUCUGGCCGCAGCAUUUUCCAUAACGUCAAUUUAAAUUGAGCAGCCUUUUUGUUAAUUCAUGUUAAGGCGCCCGGCGGGAAUAUGUCCAUAGUAUAUGUUAAAUGUUCACGAAUAACUAAAUAGGGAUGUUUAUAUUUAAAUGCUGCUAUUUUAAAUCAGCAAAUGUAAAAUAUUAUUGUAAGGGUGCACGUCACUUAGGCUUGGAUUAGCGACAGGAAUACAUGCGCUGACGAUUUUCUAGCAUUCGUAUCGUGAGCAAUAUUAAUAGAGUAUACUAGUAUAAGGGUGUGCACACAUGGACGACUUUAAAUCAGAAAUUAAGUUUAAUUAGUUGUUAUCAUAAGUUUCAUUCUGCUAUACGGUAAUGUAUUCCGAAAAGCCCAGGAUAUAAUUACAAUAAUUUUUAAAACUUUGUAAAUCAGACAAAAACAAUACAUCAUUGUAUAAAAUUUACAGAUUUGUGUAAGUAAACAUCUUAUAAGGAGCAGUACGUUUAAAAAUUUGCUGCGGAAUAAGACUUCGCAAUAUAUACGCUUGUUCACUCACAUGACAAAUCAACCGAUAAAUUAAAUAAUUUUAGGUCUCUCAUAAAAACUGUAGAUUAUUUAAUUAAAUAAAUGUUAUUAUAGUUAAAAUUAUAUUUGUUCCUAGUUUACUUAUAAGAUUUUUGCCCUCUACAGUUGUAAAUAUAAUAAUACCUAUAUUACUUUCCACUUAUAUUAAGAUUGUUAUGUACUAUAAACAUAAGAUAAGGUUGUUUUAAGUACAUUUGCUUGUUAAGUUGUAAACAUAAAACGACAAUAUUAAUAUUCUUUAAAAAAUAUUUAUUAAUGUAUAAAUGCAUGUUAAAUUUUUAUAAUCAAAACCUACCAAAGUUAUGAUUUACUAUUUUUAUUUUAAUAGUAGAAACUAAACCAAUAUUGGAGUGAAAAAACAUUUCCUUAUAUUAAGUUAUAUGAAAUUGGAAAUAUUAUUUCUUUUGUAAUAUUAUUUUAG